ACUAUGAUGACUAUGAUUAUCUCUUUAUAUAAGUGUUUAUAAGUUCGAAAGGGUUUAAUAAUGCUUUGUUCAGGGAUUGAUUUAUUAGUUUACGCCAACAAUAAUAAAUUAAAACCACUUUUGAGUUCCCAGGCUGUUCAGAAUUGGCUUGGUGGACCGGCAGCCGCUGAUGAUUUCUUUAGAAUAAAAUAGCCUUUAUUUUAGUUUUGCAUUGAUUUGAACAGAUGGACAAAUUGUCCUUUGUUUUUUUGUUUCUAUUUAUGCUCAGUUUAUUAGUUGUGAUCUAUUCAGUUCCAUUCUGUUCAGAAUCAGCUGUCAUGAGUUUAGUGGUAGGGACUGUGUAGUAUAGCUCUCUGAUCUCAAACUAUUUACAACUAUAAUAUAUUGUUAAAACCCGUUUUAAACAUUCUUUUUAGAAAGUGAGAAACACGUGAGUAUUAAUAGAUCUCUAGCUUUGUUAGGAUGAAAACAAUGAAGAUGAACACAUCCAAACAGGAAUUGACAAGACCGUACAACCCAGAAGAUAUUUUAUAAAUGUAUCAUAGUAUUUAAGCCAUGAAACACGAUUAAAUACUGUAGUGACCAACACAACCGCCACGUAGUUACAACGUAAACAUCCUUGUCCUAUAUGAAGGCGCUUUUUAUCUCAUUUUGCUCUCACACCCGGUUUCCUACUGUAUACUUUAGGGGGCGCUACCGAUUAGAAACAUCCAACUCAGCGUCCAGCCAUUACUGCAACUCUGUUGCGUCUCUAUCAAGUUAUCAGGCCGACCAACGUUACUGCCAUUUACUCCUUUCAAAAUAAAAGUCUAAUUGGCCAAAAUACGUCUAGUCAGUUGUUUGACAUAACUGUGCUUUUGUUGUGAAGCCAGGUUCCUCCCACAUCCGCCAAUACUCUGGCACACGUGACUACAGUAUUUCAGCAUCACCCAAACAUUAGCUUGUUGGUUAGCUUUUAGCUAACAAACUCUUCAGAAAUAAUUGAGCUCACAGCAAAACUGAUUAAUGAGUCGCAAAAGAAACCACAGCUUGGCUGAGGCCGGCAUGUCGCCCGAGCUCCACGGCGCCUUCGUGGAGCCCCACAGGUCGGCGAGCCGAGCCGACAGUGAUUUUCUGGAGCUGGAGCACGACGAAGAGCUGCUGUUCUCGGUCAGCGACAUCACCGAGCACCUCGGCAGGAACAUCGCCGCGGUGCUGGAGACAGCGCUGUCGGACAUCCGCAAGAUGGUCAGCAUCAGGAUACGAGUCCUGAAGAUGGAGCUGCGCGAGAAAACCGACGAGAUCGACGUGUUAAAGUCGAGACUGGACACCGCUCAGAGGGACGGCAGGGACCUUUUCCCCGCAGACAUCGGCUCCAAAAAACACGACCUCUGCUCCCACGUCAAACACAUGAGCGGCGAUCCCCGGAGAGCCAAGCCCGCCAUGCCGGGGGUGAAGAAGGAGAACAUAGACGCCAUCUGUGACUAUCUGAUGAAAGACAAGAACUCGAGGGGGGGCGCGGACAUGGACGGAGACCACAGCAGCCAAGCCAGCGGCGACAGGGAGGCUCGCCCGGAUCCAGACCCGCACUCCCUGCACCUGUGGCCGGACGGUGGCAUGGCCGGCUCAGGGCCAACGCACGAGGACUCCGAGUCGGCCACCGAUGACCUGUUCAGCAUGCUGCCCUCCGGCAGCAGGCGGAUGUACGACUACGAGUGGAUCGCCCCGAUGGAGUACACGCCAGACAUGAAGGUCAUGAAGGAGUCUGAAUGUGAGGACACCCCGACCGGCGAGACAGAAGAAGAUGAUGAUGAUGAGGAUGAGGGAAAUGUGUCCCCGAGGAGGGAGGAGGACCAGGCCCCGCUGUCACACGUCCAGUCCGCUGAGUUCAGCAUGGAGCCCCAGAGCUCGGCAGGGGAGGACGGCAGUCCGCUGCAGGGCAGCACAGACCGGCCUGUGGCAGGCCAGCAGUUUCCCGGCCACACUUAUAUCUGCUCUCUGUGCGGAACCUUCUGCCCCGACUCCAUGUUCCUAGAGGAACACGUCAAACUGAUACACUCAGACUCCGCCGGGCCACAGGCCCUUCAGGCGCUGCAGUCCAGCUGCUCGGCCGCGCCUGCCGUGGAGGAUGGAGGCCCUGACCCCAGGAGAGGCGGAGGGCCUCAGGACGAGGACGCCGGAGUCGGGGACGCCGCGGGCCUCGGCCGGGGUGGCGGCGCGGUAAAAAAGGAGAUUAAAAUCGAAGGCGGCUACGAGUGCGGGGACUGCGGCCGGCACUUUAACUACCUUGGCAACCUGCGGCAGCACCAGCGCAUCCACACGGGAGAGAAGCCCUUCAUGUGUCCGGAGUGCGGGGAGCGCUUCCGCCACGCGGCCCGCUUAAAGAGCCACAGGCUGGUGCACAGCGGGGCCCAGAGCCCCUUCCCCUGCCCCCAGUGCGGGAAAGGUUUCUCCGUGCUGUCGGGACUCAAGAGACACCAGCGAGUGCACACCGGCGAGAGCCCGUACGCCUGCCCCCAGUGCGGCAGGCGCUUCAAAGAGCUGGGGAACCUGUACACCCACCAGAGGAUCCACAGCGGGGCCACGCCGUACUGCUGCCAGCAGUGUGGGCGGAGCUUCCGCCACUUGGGGACCUACAAGAGCCACCGCUGCACCCCGCCGCAGUAACCGGCCCGCCACCUUCACUCCCCCCCCCACCUCUAAUAUUGGGAAACCUACGUCAGAGACAGGACAUGGUGGCUGUAGGGGACUCUGUUAACACUGGGGGGCGCUGGUAGGGAUGUGGAGAGCAGGGACGGUAUUCUAAGAAACAUUCAUGGCAUUUCACACCUGAAUCAAGAAAAGCUGCUUCUUCGGAAGCGGCAGCUUGUUGAAACCGGUGACCUCGGUGCGUCAUGGACUCCUGGUUGGAGUCGUAUCCAUGGGUAACAGUGCUAGUAUCAAAAGGGAAGGAAAUGGUCUCCUGCUCAUCAGCAGAAGGAGUCUGCUCGGUUGUCAUGACUGCGGACGUCUCAUUUUCCACAUUUAUCAGAGGACCUUUAGGACAUCUUGUCCAUGAUUGUGCAAAGCCACAAAGAGAGAACAGAACCACCUCCAGUCCCAUAACAGCAGAGCAAACCUUCUGCUGAUGGAGACCUCUAGUUAAAAAGUUGUAUCAGAAGCCACCAG